AUGAAACAAACUUCUACACACAGCAAACCUUCACCAAGAGUGCUGACGCACAACCACUAUGGUGUGGGAUGGGUCUGUGCACUACCAAAAGAGCAGACUGCAGCGAUGGCGAUGCUUGAUGAGAUUCAUUGUGACCUACCCAAGCCGAAAGAUGAUACCAACGCGUAUACCUUGGGAUCUAUUGGAGGCCACAACAUCGUCAUCGCCUGCCUACCCAAAGGCAAAGUCAGCGCCAGUUCAGCAGCAUCUGUUGCGAUACACAUGGUGCGCACUUUCCCGUCUAUCAAAGUCGGCCUUAUGGUCGGUAUCGGUGGCGGUAUCCCAUCAAAAGUUAGACUUGGAGAUGUUGUGAUCAGUGCACCUGUCGAUGUGUACCCUGGAGUUGUCCAGUGGGAUUUGGGCAAGGCAGAAGCAUAUGGGAACUUCAAGCAAACUGGCGUGUUGAACACUCUGCCAAACUCGCUUCUUACAGCAAUGACAAAGCUUGAGUCUAAGCAUGACAUGCAUGCAAGUCAGAUAUCCCAAUACCUGAAUGAUAUGGUAGAAAGAUAUCCAAAUUUGCGGGAGAAAUAUACCUGGUCGAGUUCCCUCAGAGAUCCGUACAUCGGGCAGACAUCUGCGCAUCUCCGGAACAGUUCGCACUCGGUUGCUAUUAUAUCCUGGAUUUGGGAGAUUGUCCUAUUUCAUUUCUUAUGUCUGUCGGGGCGGGCGAUGCUUACUAGGGGUUCUGCAACAACCCCGAUGGCAAGGACCGCAAAUUCCAGCUUGGACAACACUGACAGGGGACCCGGAAACAUACGUGUUCAUUAUGGUCUCAUCGCGAGUGGAGAUCAGGUGAUUAAGGAUGCUGUGGUUCGUGAGAAAUUGAACAAGAGUUUUGAUGGACAUGUCUUGUGCAUCGAAACGGGGGCCGCAGGAUUGAUAGACCACUUCCCCUGUAUCGUCAUCUGUGGAAUCUGCAACUAUGCUGACGCACAAGCCAACGCUGACUGGGAGGAAUAUGCAGCGGCUAUCGCUGCGGCUUGUGCGAAGGAAUUUUUGGAGUUUGUACAGCCGAGUCAAUUCGACGGUGAGCGCUCUAUGAAGGAGCUCCGGAUUAUGGUUGGUUCUUUCAAAGACUACUUUGCGGUUGCCGAAUCAUUAGAUUAG